AUGGCGACAUCGCUCUCAGCCUCCUCCUCUACAGCUGAACGACCCUCCAGCACUCUGGCAGAAAUCUCUCCGAUCUCCCCUUCCCUCAAGUUUGUAGUCUCCAAUCUCAAGACUCUUGUUCUUAAUCAACUCUCAUCGGAUAAUUAUCCGAUUUGGCGCCAUCAGAUCAUUAAGCUCCUUAGAGCCAAUGACUUCGAUCAAUUUUUGGCCCCGCCGACUCAUUCUGCCGACUCUUCCGAACCUUCUACCGCCUUGAUCCAUAAGAACCGGCGUAUCACAGAUCAGAACCUUCAGGCGGCCCUUUGCUCGACGAUAUCUCCAACGGUGCUUCCCUAUAUUCUACAUCUUGACACCACCUACGAGAUCUGGCAGGUUCUUGAAAGUCAGUUUCAGGCUACUAGUCGCUCAAAGGUGAUUCAGCUAAAAAAUGAGCUUCACCAUGUUUCCAUGAAGAACCUCUCCAUGAUUCAAUACCUGAAUGAGAUUAAGAAGCUCGUGGAUCAAAUCGCAUCGGCUGUUUCCACCAUUGACUCCGAAGAUAUAAUUCUUUAUAUCUUGAACGGACUGUCGCCGGCGUACCAGUCAUUCAAAACGUAUGUCCGUAACUCACCCACUCAGAUUCGACUGGAGAAUUUGUAUGCAAUGCUCGUCAGUGAAGAAAUCCACAUCACCACCAACGCCGUCCGCAGCUCCGCAGAUAUUGUGCAACAGGCAGCCCUGUACGCAAACCGGGGACGCGGUCGACGCAACAGGGGACGUGCUCCACAGUCUCAACAUUAG